CUGCGUCUGACGCAGCGCGCCGGGGCGGGGCGGAAGUGAAGAGGAGGAGGCGGAAGUGGCGGCGUGUGCGGGGCAAGAUGAAUUCCAGAGGUGUUGCUUCUCUGUUGAAGGACAGUAUCCCAUUUACAGAAUUUUCAGCUUCAGGACCAUUUGAAGGUCAUGAUCUUCUGCGCAGAGGAUUUACAAGUGUGAAAAAUGAGUUGUUACCCAGUCACCCACUGGAGUUGUCAGAAAAAAACUUCCAGAUAAAUCAAGAUAAAACAAACUUUGCCACACUGAGGAAUAUUCAAGGAAUCCAUGCACCUUUAAAGCUGCAGAUGGAAUUCAGAGCAGUGAAACAGGUCCAGCGCCUCCCAUUUCUUCACAGCUCAAACGUAGCACUGGAUACCCUGAGGGGAAAUGAUGAAUGCAUCGGUUUUGAGGAUAUUCUUAAUGAUCCUUCACAGAGUGAGGUUAUGGGAGAACCACACAUCAUGAUGGAACACAAGCUUGGUUUAUUGUAACAAAAUGUACUCCACAAGCAUUUUUUGUGUGUGUCUUUAUACUCCAGAUCUAAAUACAUGAUACUAAAUUGACACUCAAGUGUUAAGCAGUCCUAUAGUUAUCAUUUGCCUUCCUUGAUGAAAAGGCACAUUAAAUGUUUAAAGUCUAUAAAUAUUUCUGUGCUGGUUGUCAAUUACAUAAAUGUCCUGUAACUAGGUAGUUAAAUAAUGUUUCUUCAUACAGUGCUCAGGACAAUAGCUUCUUAACUAUGGAAAUGCUAUAUAUGUAUGCAAGAAAUCCAGAAAUACACGUGCAUUUUAAAACUGCUUACUGUAGGUAAAUGCAUUUAAAGGAUGUUCUUUCAGAAGAACUUUUUAAGGGGGAAAAGAAGGUAUUUUCCAUUGAGUAAUUCUGUUCAUGAAAAUUUCCAUACAGUUUUUAAACUAUUGAAUAAAAGUUUGCUAUAAAUGCUGUUGCGUUCCAAAAUAUAUUUGACCAUAAAUCAAGAAUCUCUUAUCCACAA